ACCAAAUUGCCAAACCGACUCUGAUACAAUACAAUUCGGGUUCCUUCAUUACCCAUUAAACACUCGCACUAAACACAGGAAAACCCCAUAAUUCUCAAUUUUUGUUUGAAUCCUCAAAAUUUCUGUUUGAGUUAUCUCUUCCUUUAUCACAUCAGGGUUUCUUAGCAAAAUAACAAUGGAUCCAGAAAUAGCUAAAACUCAAGAAGAACGUAGGAAAAUGGAACAAGAAUUAGCAUCAUUAACAUCAUUAACGUUUGAUAAAGAUCUUUACGGAGGAACUGAACGUGAUGCUUAUGUUACAUCCAUUCCUGUUAAUGAUGAUGAAGAGUAUUUAGAUGGUGCUGAUAAUGAAGUUGCCCGUAAGCUCGCUUCGUACACGGCCCCAAAAUCUCUUCUUAAAGAGAUGCCUCGAGGCGGGGAUGAUGAGUUUGAUAGCGGGUUUAAGAAGCCUUCUCGGAUUCUUGAUAGGGAAGAUAGUUAUAGGAGGAGGAGAUUGGAUAGAGUGCUGUCGCCAGAGAGGCAUGAUGCUUUUGCUGCUGGGGAGAAAACUCCGGACCCUUCGGUUAGGUCGUAUGCGGAGGUUAUGAAAGAGGAGGCGUUGAAGAGGGAUAAAGAGGAGACUUUGCGGCUUAUUUCUAAGAAGAAGAAGGAGGAAGAGGAGGCUGCGAAAGAGGAGAAGGAAGCGAAGGAGACGAAUGGUGCUGCGGCGAUGAAGAGGAGGAAUAGGUGGGAUCAGUCUCAAGAUGGUGAGGAUGAUAGUGGAGUUGCUGUGAAAAAGAGUAAGAGUAGCUCUUCGGAUUGGGAUUUACCUGAUGCUACUCCUGGGAGAGUGUCGGAUGCAACUCCAAAUGUUGGCAGGAGGAAUAGAUGGGAUGAGACACCCACUCCUGGGAGGGUAGCGGAUGCUGAUGCUACGCCUGCUGGUGGUGUUACACCUGGUGCUACUCCUGCUGGGUAUACUUGGGAAGCUACUCCUAAAGGGUUGGUUACUCCAACUCCUAAGAGACAGAGGUCACGUUGGGAUGAGACUCCUGCAACUAUGGGAAGUGCUACACCUAUGGCUGGAGCUACGCCAGCUGCUGCUUAUACUCCUGGUGUGACUCCUGUUGGUGGGCUUGAUAUGGCUACUCCAACCCCGAAUUCUAUUAAUAUGCGCGGUGCAAUGACCCCUGAGCAAUAUAAUCUGUUAAGAUGGGAGAAGGAUAUUGAGGAAAGGAAUAGACCUUUAACUGAUGAGGAACUCGAUACUAUGUUUCCACAGGAAGGGUAUAAGGUUUUGGACCCACCAGCUUCUUAUGUUCCCAUCAGAACACCUGCUAGGAAGUUACUUGCAACCCCAACACCGAUGGGUACUCCACUUUAUUCCAUUCCGGAAGAUAAUAGAGGACAGCAGUUCGAUGUUCCAAAGGAGGCCCCUGGCGGUUUGCCACUUUUGAAGCCUGAGGAUUAUCAGUACUUUGGAGCUUUGAUGAAUGAGGACGAAGAGGAAGAACUGUCAGCUGAGGAGCAGAAAGAGAGGAAAAUAAUGAAGCUGCUGCUGAAGGUUAAGAAUGGGACACCUCCUCAGAGGAAGACUGCUUUGAGACAGUUGACUGAUAAGGCAAGAGAGUUUGGUGCUGGCCCAUUGUUUAACCGAAUUCUGCCGUUGCUCAUGCAGCCCACUUUGGAAGAUCAAGAGAGGCAUCUUUUGGUGAAGGUAAUUGAUAGGGUUUUGUACAAGUUAGAUGAGUUGGUCAGGCCAUUUGUUCACAAGAUUCUUGUUGUGAUUGAGCCUUUGUUGAUUGAUGAGGACUAUUAUGCUCGUGUCGAAGGGAGGGAGAUUAUUUCCAAUUUGAGUAAAGCAGCUGGGUUGGCUACUAUGAUUGCGGCUAUGCGUCCUGAUAUUGAUAACAUUGAUGAGUAUGUUAGGAACACAACUGCUAGAGCUUUUAGUGUUGUUGCAUCUGCUUUGGGAAUUCCAGCUCUAUUACCUUUCUUAAAAGCUGUCUGUCAGAGUAAGAAGUCAUGGCAAGCUCGCCACACAGGAAUAAAAAUUGUCCAACAGAUUGCUAUUCUUAUCGGUUGUGCUGUUCUGCCUCAUUUGAGGUCUCUGGUGGAAAUCAUUGAACAUGGUCUCAAUGACGAGAAUCAGAAAGUGAGAACAAUUACUGCUUUGUCCCUGGCUGCUCUUGCUGAGGCUGCUGCUCCAUAUGGUAUUGAGAGUUUUGACUCUGUUUUGAAGCCGCUGUGGAAGGGUAUUAGGUCACACCGUGGAAAGGUUUUAGCUGCUUUCUUGAAGGCAAUUGGUUUCAUCAUUCCUCUCAUGGAUGCAAUAUAUGCCAGUUACUAUACCAAGGAAGUUAUGUUUAUCUUGAUUCGUGAAUUUCAAUCUCCUGAUGAAGAAAUGAAGAAAAUUGUACUUAAAGUGGUCAAGCAGUGUGUGAGUACUGAGGGUGUGGAAUCUGAUUAUAUUCGGAGUGAUAUUCUUCCUGAGUUCUUUAGGAACUUCUGGGUUAGAAGAAUGGCAUUGGAUAGGAGAAAUUAUAGGCAACUUGUGGAAACAACUGUUGAAAUUGCUAACAAGGUUGGUGUUAAAGAUAUAGUAGGGAGAAUUGUCGAGGAUCUUAAAGAUGAGAGUGAGCCAUACAGGCGUAUGGUUAUGGAAACCAUUGAGAAAGUUGUUGCGAAUCUGGGUGCAUCUGAUAUUGAUGCCAGGCUGGAAGAGCUUUUGAUUGAUGGCAUUCUUUAUGCUUUCCAGGAGCAGACUAGUGAUGAUGCCAAUGUGAUGCUUAAUGGGUUCGGUGCAGUUGUUAAUGCUCUAGGACAGAGGGUGAAACCUUACCUUCCUCAGAUUUGUGGUACCAUAAAGUGGCGAUUGAACAACAAAAGUGCCAAGGUGAGACAGCAAGCAGCAGAUCUUAUUUCUAGAAUUGCUGUUGUCAUGAAACAAUGUCAAGAGGAACAGCUGAUGGGUCAUCUCGGUGUUGUUUUAUACGAGUAUUUGGGAGAAGAAUAUCCUGAAGUUCUUGGAUCAAUUUUAGGAGCUCUCAAGGCUAUUGUCAAUGUUAUUGGUAUGACAAAAAUGACACCUCCUAUCAAAGAUUUGCUUCCUAGGCUGACACCGAUAUUGAAGAAUAGGCAUGAAAAGGUCCAAGAGAAUUGUAUUGAUCUUGUUGGCCGUAUCGCUGAUCGUGGAGCUGAGUUUGUUCCGGCUAGGGAGUGGAUGAGAAUUUGUUUUGAGCUCCUUGAGAUGCUCAAGGCCCACAAGAAGGGUAUCCGACGAGCUACAGUUAACACUUUUGGUUAUAUUGCUAAAGCUAUUGGGCCUCAGGAUGUCUUGGCAACCUUGCUAAACAACCUGAAGGUCCAGGAGCGCCAGAAUCGUGUUUGCACAACUGUUGCAAUCGCUAUUGUUGCAGAAACUUGUUCACCCUUUACUGUUUUGCCAGCCCUUAUGAAUGAGUAUCGUGUCCCAGAACUCAAUGUGCAGAACGGUGUCUUGAAAUCCCUCUCUUUCCUGUUUGAGUACAUUGGUGAAAUGGGUAAAGAUUAUAUCUAUGCUGUGACACCAUUGCUAGAGGAUGCACUAAUGGACAGAGAUCUGGUGCACAGGCAGACUGCGGCUUCUGCAGUCAAGCACAUGGCUUUAGGGGUUGCGGGAUUAGGUUGUGAGGAUGCUCUAGUUCAUUUGCUUAACUACGUGUGGCCGAAUAUAUUUGAGACGUCCCCUCACGUGAUCAAUGCUGUCAUGGAAGCCAUUGAAGGAAUGAGGGUGGCCUUGGGUGCUGCUGUUGUGUUGAAUUACUGUCUCCAGGGGCUGUUUCAUCCUGCUCGAAAGGUCAGGGAAGUUUACUGGAAGAUCUACAAUUCGCUGUACAUUGGAGCUCAAGAUGCACUUGUCGCAUCCUAUCCUGUGCUUGAGGAUGAGCAGAAUAAUGAGCAAGCCAACAUAUAUAGUCGGCCUGAGUUAAUGAUGUUUGUCUGAAAAAGUAUUUUCUUGGCUUAUUGGAGAGAUGUUUUUGGAGCGGGCGUGUAAUUAUGCCGCAGCUAUACCUGCAAUACCACCAGCAAAUCCAUCAACCUGACGCUUUUGGUUGGCGAUGAAUUCAUUAAAUGGCUCUACUAAUAUUCACAAUCUAGGCCGUUACCCUUUUUUUUUCUCUUUUUGCAUGUGUAAUUUGAUAUUAUGAGUAGUUCAUAUUUGUUUUAUAAUAAGCUGUGAUUCUGUUGCACUUUUGGCUUUUUCAGGGGGUGUUCUCUAAACGGAUUUAUGAAGGAUAAGGCGCAUGAUCAAGUAAUGGGAAACUUUUGGGAAUAAUUCCCAACAUCCAUCGAUUAGCUACCUUUUGUUAAUGAAAGUUCUGUUAUGAUUUCUGUCAAAUAUAUAUUAUAGCAGGAUUAUCAUUCCGAUAACUUGGCAAUAUGCCGGGUAGAGUUCUCCUAGAAGUCUUCUUUUUUGCCAGAUUGACACGAGACUAAGACGGUUAUUAACCCUGGGACACAUGACAGGAGUCAUUAAGCUUGUGCUCUGUUUUUUGUAUUUGAAACUGUCUUGUGAAUGCGGUUUUUCUGAUUGUUCAUAUUCUGCUAUUCAAAAUUAACCUAUUUAGAUCCUAA